AUGCUUGGCGCGCCCGACCUUGCGACAGGAGAAGAUGUCUCCAUGUUGCGUACCAUCAUUGCGACCGGCUGCCUGAUUUGGUGGGUAGUAGUCUGGAAUGUUUGUGCUAUUGGCUUCGUUCAGCUUUUCCGCUAUUACUGGAGGAGACCUCAGCAGGCAACGUGCGUUACGACAUUGAAAGACGAUGAAGUCCCUCGAGUCACCGUUAUACGGCCAGUCAAAGGCCUCGACCCACGAUUGUACGAAUGCCUCGCAGCCACCCUCCGCCAGACAUACCCCAAAGACAAACUGAACACCGUGUUCUGCGUUCCUGAGCGAUCCGAUCCCGCCUUUCCGAUUCUCGAACGCCUAUGUAAUGACUUCCCGGACGCCCAUGUGCAAAUCUUGGUCGAAGAAGAGGAUCCGCUGCUACUGAAGGAUAAUAAUGCGCUGGGACCCAAUCCGAAGAUCAGAAACAUGAGUCGUGCCUAUAGGGAGGCCGAGGGCGACAUCGUGUGGGUGCUUGACUGUAACGUCUGGGUCGGCAAGGGCGUUUGCGGUCGACUAGUGGACCUACUAUGUGGCUUUGGACAGGACAAACAUGGCAACAGCAAGAGAAAGUACAAGUUCGUGCACCAGACACCUCUCACGGUAGACCUCGAUUCGCAAGGUCUAUCGCUACAGGACAGGAAGGAAUUGCUCGGAGGAAAACCAGAAGCUGCAGCACAGUUGACCAAUAUCGCGGCAAGCACAUCUUCGGAUCCUCGCAACCACUCGGGAAGUACUAUCAGGAAGCUGCUGCAGCGUGGUGGCGGACGUCUGGACGAAGCUUUCAUGUCUUCUGCCCACGCCAAAUUCUACCAAGCCAUCAACACCGUCGCUGUAGCACCCUGUAUUAUGGGCAAGAGUACCAUGUUUCGUCGCUCCCAACUCAACUAUGUCACCUCAUCGAACCCAGAACGCACUCCCGGUAUCGAUUUCUUCUCCGACAAUAUCUGCGAAGAUCACCUCAUUGGCGAUGUGCUGUGGAAAGAACCCCAAGCUUUCGAGAAACGAGGUUACCAACCAGAACCAGGGACCAAGAAGGAGACUUGGGGCAAGCACGCUAUGCUCUUUGGUGACUUCUGCUACCAGCCAAUCAGCCAUACGUCUGUGAUGGCCUACUUACAGCGUCGUAUUCGAUGGCUACGAGUACGGAAGUUCACGGUCACGUUAGCAACGUUUGUGGAGCCAGGAACGGAGAGUCUUCUGUGUGGGCUGUAUGGCGCAUACGCUCUAACGACGCUACCCAUAUUUCACAACAUCGGCAUCAGCUCGACUUGGACCUCCUUCUUUCUCAUCUGGCUCCUACAUCUGUCUGCUUGGUGUCUAGUGGACUACGUCCAAUAUCUGUUGCUUCACUGCGCCAAGACUGUCGAAAUCGAUGCCGACACUCCUGAUUUUAUCUUGCCCCAGCGUUCAACCUCUGCAUACCACCGCACCGAAGUUCUUGAGCCUCUCCUUGGCAAUAAGACUCCAAGUGAGCCAAGUCUACUUGAUGGUGCAAGAAGAAACUUCAUGGACUUUCUCUAUGCUUGGCUUGGUCGCGAGUUCUUUGCAUUACCUGUAUGGGUCAUUGCGUUUUGGGGCGGCGUUACUGUAGAAUGGCGAGGACGGAAGUUCUGGGUCGGGCUAGACAUGAAGGUUCAUGAGAUAUUGCCCCAAGUGAACGAAGCCAAGAAAGACCAGGGCAAGAAGACUUAG